AUCUAUAAUCGUGGAAGUGUAACUAGUAUUUUCAAUUUCGAAUCGUUCUAAUUGAAAAAUUGUAAUGCUUACAGACGACUGAGUUGCGUUUCCGUUGUACUAAUUACAAUUGCAUGCUCAAUUAAGUAUAAAUAAUUAUAAACAGUCAAAUAUCGUCAAACUAUUGAUGAAGAUGCCUUAAUGAUAUAAAUUUGUUUAAUUCAUCGUGUGCCACUGACUACUACUAUUACGACCAGAGAAAGCUAUUCAUGAUGUUUUCGUCGAAAACAGAUUUAUGUAUUCUACAUUUGUUAUUGUUGUGUGCGUUAAUUUUAGCAGAUGAAAAAGGAACUUCAUAUGAAAUACAAGAACAUGGUAAGUGGUUCAAACAUUUUUAGUUUAUCUCUUUGAAUUGCAAUUUUUUUUAAACUGAAUACAUGGUACCUAUUCGUAGUUUAUACCUUUACAAUAAUAUAUUCAAAUUAUAAACCGUAAGAAACUUGUAAAUAAAUAAUCAUAGGAAAUGAGUUACUACUUAUUAAUAGGGUUGUUUUUAUUUUAUUCUUUUUUUUAACACACAUGUCAAAUUGUUUUGUAAUGUAUUAUUUGUAAUAUUAAAUUCAAUUAUACUACAACAUAAUUUAAAAAAUUUUCCUUUAAGGCUGUCAUAUAUAUAGUAAAAAAAAACAUGUUAAAAAAUCUUCAAAGACUUGUAAAAUAGUUAGAUUAUAAUAUUAUUUAAAUUUAAAAUGUAAGAUUCUUUAAGGUUGUAUUGAACUACUUUUUUAAAAAUUUGAAUUCCAAGAAAUCUAUUUCUGAUAUUACUUAUAAAUUAAUCAAAGAUCAAAGUUCUAUGAGACCUAUUAAAAAUUGUUCUCUUAAAAAAAAAAAAAUUGAAAUUGGACCGUUUUAUGAAGUGUGAGAGUUUUACUCAUAAAUUUAUUUUUGUCUGUAGAACGCCUGUUCUUUUAACCUCUAAUUUGGUAUCCGGCAUUUUAUUAAAUUUUAUCUGUAAAGUGGUCAUUAAAAUAUUUAAAAUAACGUUCAAAUAUUACAAAAUAGGAGACAAUUUUGAAAACUGAUUUCAACUGCCUUCUUAAAAAGUCAUUAGGUUUUUAAGGUUGGUACUCGAAUAGCCAAAAUAUUGAGAUAACUAUAUUUUGCUUUAAUUUAUGUUUGUUUAAGAUUGUUUUAAUAAUAAUGGUUAAAUUAAAUUGUAUCUUAUAGUAUUGAAUAUAUUGGAAAUACCUACUCUCAUUGGUUUUUAUUUUUAAAUUAUAAUUUGAUUUAUAAUAAUUCUACAAUAUGUAUAUUAUUAUAUUAAUAAAAUUAAUUUUCAGAUGUUCCAAUAUCAGUUGAUGUUCUAAAUUUAAAAACUAUCGACAAUUCUGGAAAAGAUCACAAGUUAGUUUAUUAACUAUAAAUUACAUAUACCUAAAUGUACACAUAUAUUAUGUAAUAUUUUAGAAUUUACAGUAUAGUAAAUCCAUUCAAAAUGUUUACCUAAGUUUUAAAGAAAAAAACUAUAUUCAAUAAAUAUUUGUAUAUCAAUAAUGAAGUACUUAAAAAAUGAAAUAAUAAAAACAUUGAAUUUAUUUAAAUUAUAUAAAGUAAAUAUUUAUUAAUCAAAUAAUUGUUUAUAAAAAUAUUUUAUUGUUUACAUGAUUAUUAUUUAUUACAUAGAUAUAUAGGUAGCAAUAUGUUAUUAGCUUAUUACCUCGCUUAUUAUUUUGAAAACUAAAAAGUGUAUUUUAAGUCUGUUUUAUUUCUUUUGAAAUAAAAAAAUAUUAAGAUUAAUUUAAAUUUUCUAUUUUCUUAUUUAAUCAUUAAUUAAGAUUUAUAAAAAAAAAACCUUAGGUCUAUAUAUAUUAUUUUGUAUAAAUCUAAAUUUAAUGAAGUUCAUUAAAUAUAUUUUUCGGGUUACAGAUGGAAUGGAAGAUACUUACCUGACCGUUCAAAUAAAGAAAACUAUGGCAGUAUUUCAGGAAUUGUUGAAGAAAAUGAAGAUUUUGCCGUUUAUAAUGUACCAAAACUCAAUAAGGGUAUGGCAACCAUGGGAUCUAUGGAUAUUAACUCUACGUGUGAUGAUGGAAAGGUUUUAGUAUAGUUUAAAUAUGUGUAACUUUUGAAAUUUUUUAUUUUAUUAAGUUGAUAAAAUAUAUCUUAAAUACAAAGCUGGAACUUAAAUUGAUUUAAAUAAUAAAAUUAUAAAUAUAUUCAAUAAUUUUAAUUUAGUUAUUCAUUAAAUUACGUUUAUAGGAUUGAAGUUAAAAAUUAUCUUUCUUUCUACAUUGAAAUGUAGUUGUAUUUUUCUUCUAAUAUGUAUGCACUAAAAAAUGAUAACCAUGAAAUCUAUUUGAGAUAAAUUCUUAUAAAUAUGUAUUUUAUCAUCUUAGAAGGACCCCACACCCGUAUUUACUGUCUCCGUUUUAUAAACAUGCAAUGUAGCAAAUGUGCAUUUAGUAGGACACAUUUUGUGCUGCUAGUUUUGAUAUUAAACCAAAUUGACUUAUUACCAAAAUUAAAGGUAAGAAGAAUAUAUGUACUCAGUGUGUAUUUUAAUUCUUAAGUAAGAUAAAUCAUUUUUAAAUUGUAAUAUUUCACAUACUCAUUUUUCUUAAAAAUAUUAAUAUCAAAAAACCAUUUACACUGGAUAUAAUAUAAUCUUGUUACCUCUCAUUUUGGUAAUAAGUCAAUUUGCUUUAAUAUUAAAACUAACAGCACAAAAUGUGUCCUACUGAACACAAAUUUGCUAUGUCUUGAGUUUGUAAGACAGUGACAGUAGAUGUUGGUGGGGCAUCCUCUUAAUUCCAUAAUUUCACCAAAAGUAAUUGAGAAAAAUUUGUAUGUAUUAAGAAUUAAGCAAAUUUAUGAAAAAGUUAUGUUUUAAUAGAUUUACAAUGAACUAAAAUCUGACAAAUUUAUAUGAAGUAAAAUGCUUUUAAAUUUAUUUAUUUCAAUUCUUGUAGAUAAAGACAACAAAUUACUAUUUUCAAUUUUCUUAAACGUGUUAAUAAUUCCAUGUAUGUUUUCUGUAAAAUUGUUAAAUUUCUUUUCAGACAAACUUGACAAGAGAUUGGGAUGGAUCUCCUUACAAUUAUACAUGCUUGAUUAGGUAUAGUUUACCAAUUCUACCUGAUGUUCGACCUUUAUUGGAGAAAGAUCUUGUGCCAAAAUAUUAUGUGGUAAAUAUUAUUUUAAAUGCUUAUUAGUUAUUAAAUUACAUAAUAGGUCAAAACCCAUAUUGUAAUAAAGAAUAUUUCAAGGGUCUGGUAUAAACUAUGUGUAACUAUUUUUGGUCACAAUUUAAUAAUUAAUGACAAACAUCAAAGUACCUUCAUUUUACCUUGCCUAAAGCAUCGAAAAAUCUAGUUAAAACUAUUAAAAUCAUAAGCAGUUAAAAAUAAGUAUCUAUAGCUAUUGACUUUAUAAUAAAAUCAAUGCUAUAACUAAGAAAUUAAAUUUACAUCACCAUAAUUAUUACUCUCUUAUUUUUUUUUUCUAUUGUGCAAUAUAUUACAUAAUAAUAAUACAAAUUGUAUAAUAUUCCUUAAGUGUUCUUUAAUGAAUAAUAUUGAGUACUUGGAGUUUUAUAUAUUAUUGUACCUAAAUAGCUUUAUGAAGUUAUAUACUUUUAAAUUUUAAUACAUUUGUGUUAGCUGUAUUCAAACAAGUGAUUAAACUAGACUAAAUAUUUAUGAAAAUAAUUAAAAACUGUUUUUCAACAUAUAUCCUAUAACUAUAUUGUUGAAAAUAUAUCACUUCUAAUCUUUUAUGACUUUCCAGAUUAUUAAUUGUAUACAUUUUACAGUUUAAAUUAAUAAUCAAUUAUAUUCAUAAAAUCUAAAAAUCAUAUUCAUACUAAUUUUUUUAUGAAAACAUAGAAUAAAAUAAUUCAUAAUGUAAGUAUGCAUCAUUAGGGCUAGGGACUUAUUGAAUUUACACAUUUCUAGUAGUCUAAAAACUUCAGUAAGAUAGUUAUAUGAUAAAGUAAUUACAAUAAUUUCAAAUUGUCUGUGAGUAUUGUUGUUUUUAUAAAACUGCACAUUCCCAUUUCUUUUGUUUAUAUUUACUGUUUGUAUUACUUAUUAUAAUUCAAUUAUUUUUACAUAUUUGAUGAAAAUUUAGUACAUAUUUUGAUUAUUUUUUAUGCAUCGAGUUCUGAGCUCUAUGAAUCAUUAUUUAUCAAAUUUAGAAUUCUAAAUUAUUUUUUUAUUUAAAAGAAUAUAUUUAAUCUGUGUUUGUUAGCACAAUUAACAAAUGUGAUAAAUAUUUAUAUGUUACCAGAAAUGAUGACAAUUCCAAAUACGUUUAGAAAAUGUUAUAAUUUCUUUACGAUAGCAGGCAAUGAUAUAUAUUAACAGUAAAAUUACACAUUAAUUUUAUAUUUUUAUUUUUAUACUUUAUAUUCUGAGUGGAGCGAAGAAGUUUAUGGUUUUACAAAUAUGUUUAUUUUUUUUUUCUCUGGACAAAUUUUCUACUAGAAAUCAUGCUCCGAUUUUUAAAUGUAACACCUUUUCUAAAAGGAAAUUGGUGUGCGAUGGUACUAUAUGGAGUUUCUCAGGAGUAUUCUCAUCAAAUAUGAAAUACAUGAGAAAAGUAGAAAAACUGGAAAUUGGGUACAUUAAACAAAUAUAUUAAAGAAAAUAUAUGAUACAUGAAAAUGUAUGAUACAUAUUUAAUUAUUUUACAUUAAUAUGAUAUAUAUAUUAUUGACAAAGCAACUACACUAUCAAAUGAACUCAGAAUCGUUUAGCAAUGGUUUAUUGUUGCUUAUAGUUAUAAAUUAAUUUACUUAUAACAGUAGCUGCACCAGACCCCAUUAUCCUAGAAUGUCUUUUUAGUUUAUAAUUUUUAUUAUUACUAUUAUUAAUUUUGACUUUUAUCUACUUCAUUUUUAUUUUCACAUGACAAACUUCCGUGAUAUUCAAAAUUAUAAAUUCUGGAUGCUGAUCUGCAUGCACACCAGUUUGUCUUGACUUUUAAUAAAACAGAAUAGGUAAAUGCUACAUAACUAUAUGGAAAUUCUGUACCUAUAAUUAAUAUAAACAGUUGUAAGAGCUACGUGGACUUUUAUCAGAUUACAGAAUUUUAGAGUUUACACUUGUUCAGAAUAAAUAUUAUACAUCAAUAAAAUUGCCUAAUAAACUAUGAAAAUGUCAUCAAAAGUCAACUAAAAUAUUAUUUCCCAAAGUAUUUAGACAUUGUCAUCAUUUCCUAGGAAUUGUUACCAUUUACUAAAAUGUCAACAUUGCCAGUAAUAUAUACACAAUAUAAUAACUGAAUAAUUUGAGAAAAGAAACUAGUGAUAGAACCCAUAUCAAAAAUGAUUAGUUUUAAUAGUUAUUGUUUAAUUGAAAUUAUUCAGCUAUGAAAAAGUAAUAAAUUAUUCAAUCACAGGAAAGUUAGGUAAUCUAGUGUUUAUUACAUACAAUUAUUUAAGCAUAAUAAAUAAAAGAAAUCUGAAAAUAUGAUUUUAAUUAUAGUCAAUAUUCAUCUGAUAUUUUUUUUAUGAAAGUAUAACAUUUUCUAUAGCUAUAUCAUAGAUUGUGAAAUUUGAAAAAUUGUAUUAUUAUAUUUUAGCUAAAUAUUUUAAAUAUGUGUUGAUCAAUUCCUAUAAUUACAAAUUAAUUUUUAAAUAUAGUAAUGUUAAUAAAUAAUUACCUUUUUUAUGUUUAUUACUAAGUUUGAACUCUUACCACAGAUUUAUAUAAUUAAGUUAUAUCAUAAAUUAAUUUUGUGUCAGAAGCAGGGUCCUGAAUUCUUAGAAUUUGUAAGACCCUGGGCGAAAAUGAUAGUGAGACCUAAAAUAAAAUAUCUAUUUAAAGGUAUACUAAAAAUGUCCCAUUAUUUUUUUAUACGCAUAUUAAUUGGUAAAAAUAAAUGGACUUUCAGUUACCUUGAUAAGAUAGAUUAUUAAUUAAAUUUCUUUUUUAAAAAAAAAUAGAAAUAGGAAUUUAAAAAAAAAAAAAUCAGGUUUAAUUUUUCCUUAUUAUUAUUUUAUUACUACAUUAUGGGACAAACUCAAUACAUACAUUGGUACAGUAUAAUAGCAUGCAUAUGAGACAAAUAAUAAUUGUAGAAUAAAGUAGGUAAUUAGAUGAAGAGAAGGGAGUAUUAUUAUAUUAUAUAAUUUAAGUUAGAUAAAAAUUUAAAUAUAUAAAUAAAAAAUCAAAAAAGAGAAUUGAUUCUGUUGAUACAUGAGCCACUCUUGUAAAUUGGAAGAUAGAAUACAUAGUUAUUAAAUUUAUGUAUCUGUGUACAAUGAUAAAUUAUUGCUUAUAAAUUAUAAAUAUGAGUAAAGUUCUGUUAAAUAUGUUUUGAAAUGCUUUUGAUUUUUAUGACACUGCAGGUACUGUGUACAGACGCUAAAAUUAUCCCCUUUACACCAUCAGCCCAAUUGCCAUGAUUUAAAAAUUGUAAAUGGCAUAUACAGCAUAUACAGUUCAAAAAUUACCAUGGAUUGUUUUUAAAAUUUUACCACAUCGAUACAAUUCUAAUUUAAGUAACUGAAAAUUUCAGAUUUCUAAAAUUAUUUUUAACCAAAUUAUGACAAAAAAAAUGAAACAGUACUUUUUCCUAGUUAUUAUUAUUAUUAUUAAAUUAUACCACAAUGGCGAUUUUCAAUAUAAAUACAAGUAAUAUUACAUAGAAUACUUAAACAUUAAACAUAAUACUAUUUAAAAGGGGUAGCUUAAAAAGCUAAUACAAACGGAACAUUAAAUUAUUAUUGUAGGAAAACUACAAAGAAUAUCAAAAUAUGACUUCUUUAAAUUACUUAAUAAAUCCAUAAUACAACAAUAAAGCCCUCUUGUACAUUUUUUAUAAUAGAAAAAUUUCUGACAAAAAAAGUUGUUUUUGAGUUUUUAAGAAGAAAAAAAAAGACACAGUAGUUCCUGACUGCGCUCAGAAUCUAAAAAUAUGUACAAAUUAAAUUUUUAUUAAUUAUGUCAUAUUUUAAUCCAAAUUCCAAAUGCAUUACUUUCAAUUAUGAGAAUCUUUUUUCUGUGUUGUAACUGUAAUUGUCAAUAAUAUUCUUAAUCCAAUAGAAAGAUUUGGAAAAAAAAGAGAUGUUGUUUUAAUUUAAUUAAAACAUUCGAUAGGUGUUUUUUGCUUGUUAUUUAUUGAUAAAAUAUUAUAAAUAAUUUACAGAAUUGGACGACCAUCCCUGAUGUGCUGCGAAUCUAUAAUUACAAUAAUAUUAUUAUUGAUUAUUUGUAUCUGCUGUGUUUUUAGGAAAUUCCUUUGUUGUUUUGAAACUUAAUAAAAGAUUUAAAUUGAAUGAAAUAACAUAUUUGUUUAAUAUUUUUAAUUAAAUAGAUAUUAUAUCUAUUAGAAUUAUUAUUUUAAAUUCAAAGUGUAGUGGCGCUGCGUAGCUAUGUGCAAAAAUUUUUCAAAAAGAAAUCUUGCUCUAAUAUAUAACAUAUAGUACCCUUUUUGGAUGGAAAUUUUGUUUAAUUGGUGCAUUAGAGAGGUAAUUUUUUGAUUUUCCAAAAGUUUUUCAAAAUAAUUCAGAAAAACCUGAAAGAAAAUUAUAACGCCAAAUAUUUAUGACCCGUCACAUCAAUUUCAUUAUUUUGUUUUUGCAACUUAUGUUUUCUACCAGAAAUAUUUCUCCAAUCUAAAAAUGACAAAGGAUAGAUUUUAUUCUUUUCACUUUCUGUUAAUUUUUUUGAUGUAAGUAUUUUUUAUAAUAAUUGGGAAAAAUCAAAAAAGCUGAAAAAUAUUUUUUUUUUUCAAAUUACAGCACAAAUAUUUCAUUAUUUUAAAGUUUUAUAACUACAAAAAAUAUUGUAAUAUUUUUAAGUAAUUUUUAUUUGAUAGGUACUCUGUAGAUAAAAUUGUUAGAUUUGACAGGAGGUUCAUUUAGAGGUAGAAAAAAGUUAGUGUAAUGUAACACUAUUUUUCUUUUGAAGGAAUUUUGAAGAAAAUAGUAAAUAUUAUGGCCUUUCAAAACAUGUACAAGCGAACUUGAAAUCGUUUUUCAUGAGCAAUAAUUUAUCGUAUUUAUAGUAAUAAGUUACAGGUAUAAAUUAAAUAACUUUAUGUAUCCCACCUUCCUAACUACUCAUCUAUAAAAGUGGGCGCACCCCUUUCCCAUAAUAGCAUUUAAUUUUUUUAACGUAAAGCCCGGAAUCUAAAUAAAAAGUAUGUGACCAGGGGCAGAGACCUAUCCUCCCCGCCUAAGAACUAUUCUGGUCAAAAGUAUGUUCAAAAAAAAAAAUUAUUAACUAAAAAAUUUGUAUGCAUCAGCCGGGAAUCGAACCCGGGCCGCCCGCGUGGCAGGCGAGCAUUCUACCACUGAACCACUGAUGCUUGAUGUACAUUACGUCGUUAUUAUUACUAUUUAUUAUAAUGCAAUACAAAUAUUUUGUUUAUUUUAUAGUUUAUUUAUUUUAAUUUAAUUUCUGUAACAUGUAACUAUAUUUUUUAUUCUCGUUAUACUUAUGAUUAGGAAAUGAAAUUGGAGUCUACUGAGAAAAUGUCGAACUAUAUUUUAGAUUCCGAUAGUGUAGCGAAGAGUGUAUUCGUUUUAUAAAAAUGAUUAUUUUUUUUUUAUACUGUGCACGAAAAUUCUACCCGAAAUCUUACUCCGAAGAAUCAAGUAUAGCACCUUUUCUGAGAUAGUACUUUAAGGAGACCUUUUUUUGAUUCUUCCUGGAGUUUUCUCAUUAAAUGGGGAAAAACGGGAGAAUAGAUACAAUUUUAAAGAAAAUAGGUGUAUAAUACAUAUGAAAUGAUUUUACCAUAAUGUGACAUAUACUGUUGACAAAGCAACACUAUUAACCUAACUCGCUUUUGAAUUGUUUUUUGUUAGCAACGAGUAAUUGCUUCAUACAAACAUACAUUCAAUUUCUUCUAUACAUUCCACCCACGUGCGAAGUAUGUCCGUCCUUUUGUAUACCGGUGUUGUGUUUAAAUAAUGAACAUUUAGACAUUGUGCAUUUGUGCCUAUAUUACAUCAAACUCGCGACAAAAACUUAUUUAUUGUCUAUAGUGCUGUAGGGCACGGCGCAGUGGUCCAAAACAUUUAAAAAUCGACAUUUUUCGAUAAAACGUUAAACUUUGUGUCACAUAAUAAUUCAAAAAACAAUUUUAAUUUUAAAACAUUUUUAAUCAGUUAGAUCCCCCUCUAAACUUCGAAAAUAUAAUUUGGUUCUAAAUUGUUCAUGUGGGUAGUCAAAUUGAAUAUAAUUUUUUUAUAAGAAAAAUGUUUUUUGUAUUCCCAAAUUCAAAUUGUUAGCCAUUUUUUUUUUAUAAGUAUUUCUGUAUAAAAAAAACCAAAAGUUACCAGUUUUUUACUUACAUACCGUUACAUUUUGUUUACGCAGCCAUUCAUUCCUGGCUGGUCAUCAAAAAUCUAUAAAAUAUAAUAUUUACUAUCUAUUUUGAAAAAAAAUGUUGUUACAUUUAGGCAUUUCUCAAAAUACAAAUUUUUAUUUUUGGUAAAAGACUGAGAUUUUGUAUUAAUUGGUGGACAAUGUUUAUUAAUUUAUUGAAUAUAUUUAUAUAAAGAGAAGUACUAUGUAUUAUAUACAUAGUAAUAAGUGGUUUUCAAUCAAUAAGGUUAAUAAUAGUUUUAAAAAAAAAUGUAUUAUAUAAUUUGUAUUAUGUUUGCAACUAUUUUAUAAAUAUUGUAUCAUAGUAAAUGAAAAAAAAAAUCAUCUUAUAUACACAACAAUAAACAUUUGUAUUUUGAAAAAUACCCAAAUAUAGUAAAAAAAAUUUUUUCCAACAAAUAGUAAAUAUAUUUUUUUAUAGAUUUUUGAUGACCAGUCAGUUGCGCAAAUCAAAUAAAACAGUAUAUAGUUUAAAAAAAUAAUAAUAAUAAAUAAAUCGGUAAUUUUCGGGGUUUUUCAUAUAAAAAGACUUAAUAAAAAAAGUUGGUUAACAAUAUCAACUUGGGAAUGUAAAAAACAUUUUUCUUAUGAAAAAUAUAUAUAAUUUGACUACCCACACAAACAACUUUGAAUCAAACUAUAUUUUUGACAUUUAGGGGUGUCUAAACUGCUUAAAAAUGUUUUAAAAUUAAUUUUUUUUUUAACUAUUCAUGUGACAUAAAAUUACAGGCUAUACCCAAAAAGCCAGUGUUUUAAUUUUUAGACCACUGCAUGGUGUUUCUGUGUAUGUAAUAACUAAUAAAAAAUGUAUUAUUUUAUAUUUGUGUGCAAUAAUAUUUUCUAUAGUUUUUGUUUUGGAUUUAUACAUUAAUUACCCUAAGUAAAUCUAAUUAGUUCUUCACUGGUUUUGUUUAUCAUAGGUAUCCAGGGACUAUGAUAUACAAUUCUAGUUUUUGCUAUAGGUUCUUAAAAUAAAAUUAUACUAAAUAAUACCAAAUAAUAAUCAUAUUUUUGAUCAUUCAUUUAGGUAGAUAUAUUGUUUUAUUUAUUAAUUAUUCUUUAAAAUCUCAAUAAAAUUUGUGUUAACAGGCUAAUCAUGUGUGUAUGAAAGAAACAAUUGUAUACAACCAUGAUAUUCCUUCAUUGUAAGUAUCUACUGAUUAUUUAUGUUUACAAAUCAUCUCCAAUGAAAAAAUUUAUCUUGAACGCUGUUUUUUUUUUUAUUAAAUUUUAUUAUAACAUGAAUAUAUAGAUGAUGUUAUGUUUUUUUUUUCAUUUAGUGGAUCACAUCGACCGGCUUGGGCCAGGUAUGGAGAAUAUAAAUUUUUACCAAAACAAAGAUGGCUACAUAAUUUAGAGGUAUUUCUAUAACUAUAUAAUUUAUAUAUAUAUAUGUAUAUUACAUUAAAAUGUUAAAUUAUUUUACAUACUUAUAUAAUAUAUUUUCAGCAUGGAUCAGUUGUAAUGUUAUACCAUCCAUGUACGCAUCCAGUUUUAAUUCAACGAAUGCGAACAGUUUUGAGAGGAUGUCUUUUCAGACAUAUUAUAACUCCAUAUAAUUUGGUGCCUGAAGACAGGGUUAGUAUUAGUUAAAUAAUAGUUCUAGAUUAUAAUUAUUAAAAAAAAUUGAUUUGAUUUAUACUUUUAUUUAUAGCCUAUUGUCCUUAUAACUUGGGGUUAUAGACUGUAUAUGAAUGAUGUAGACACAAAAUUAGCUGUAGAUUUUAUAAAAAAGUAUGCAAAUCAUGCAAAGGAAACAACAGCCAGGGAUGGUCAAUAUGAUCAUUUAUUAAUUGAAGCAGCAGAAGUGAUUUCUCAUGAUGACAUCAGCAUUUGUCCAACACCCCACAAACGCAAAAAUAGAAUAUAAUUUACAUUUUCAAUAUUCUAACUUUUGAUUCAAAAUAUUUUGUACAAUUUGUUUUUAUAAAACUAAAAAUAUAUUAAUAUGUUAAAUAUUAUUUUUGUAACUGUACUACUUCAGGGACAUUAUUGUAUCUUAAACGAUCAAUUAAUUUAAGUUUUUU